AUGAUUGCAAUUGUGGCCAUGGGCAACCCCCGAAGUAGGAAGAGUCAGGUGACGGAGGGCGUGUUGGGAAAACCUGCGCGGAAGUCGCGGGUGGGAAAGCUUGGAGGAGGAUGGCAGCAGCUAGCGGUGUCGCUCCCACGCGGCGCGCCCACCGCGCUGCCGCAGGAAGUGGCUGAUACUCGGCGCGCACGCGUCACGGCCGCCGCCUUCGCUUCCUCCGGGCUCCAGUUGCAUCCCGCCUCCACCUCCUCCCCUCAUCUGAAACAACACAGCUCGCAGCGCCGGCCGGGCGGUCUCGCUGCCCCGAGGAGCUGGAGGUCCCGUGGCCGCAGCGCGCGCCGUGUUGUAAUUAAGACCUUGCACGUGUGCCGGGCGGGAGGAGGAGCGGGCGAGGGAGGGGAAGCGCCGCGCGCGGGAGGGAGAGAUGUUGACGGCGCCGAGCGGCGCGAGGACCGGCUGUCUAGCAGUGGCGAUACCGGCGUGACCGCGAUGAUGCAGACGCCCUUGCUGGGCUACCCGGGCUUCCCGCACUUCCUGGACCUGCGGCACCAGCACCUGGUCGCCGCCGGCUCGCCGCCCCCGCUGCUGCGGCCGCCGCCGCCGGCGCGCCCCGCCCCCGCCAAGGCCUUCACCAUCGACGCGAUCCUGGGGCUGCGCGGCGGCGGCGAGCCGGCCAAGGAGCGCGCCGCCCCCGGCCUGGACCUGAGCACCGGGGGCCAGCGCCGGCCGCCCCACGCCGCCUUCGCCGCCCCAAACUGCAGAAGGCCCGCAGACCCGUCGGGGACGACGGGCUCCAAGAAGCCCGCCAAGUCGAAGCGGGUCCGCACCAUCUUCACGCCCGAGCAGCUGGAGCGGCUGGAGGCGGAGUUCGAGCGCCAGCAGUACAUGGUGGGGCCGGAGCGCCUGUACCUGGCGCACGCCCUGCAGCUCACCGAGGCGCAGCAGCUCACCGAGGCGCAGGUGAGCGCGCGCGGCCGGUACCUGCCGUACUGUCGCCGCCAGACGUCCUGCCCCCACUUCCCCUGCCCUGCAGCUCACCGAGGCGCAGGUGAGCGCGCGCGGCCGGUACCUGCCGUACUGUCGCCGCCAGACGUCCUGCCCCCCACUUCCCCUGCCCUGCAGCUCACCGAGGCGCAGGUGAGCGCGCGCGGCCGGUACCUGCCGUACUGUCGCCGCCAGACGUCCUGCCCCCCACUUCCCCUGCCCAGCAGCUCACCGAGGCGCAGACGUCCUGCCCCCCACUUCCCCUGCCCCGCAGCUCACCGAGGCGCAGGGGAGCGCGCGUGGCCGGUACCAGCCGUACUGUCGCCGCCAGACGUCCUGCCCCCCACUUCCCCUGCCCUGCAGCUCACCGAGGCGCAGGUGAGCGCGCGCGGCCGGUACCUGCCGUACUGUCGCCGCCAGACGUCCUGCCCCCACUUCCCCUGCCCUGCAGCUCACCGAGGCGCAGCCGUACUGUCGCCGCCAGACGUCCUGCCUCCCACUUCCCCUGCCCUGCAGCUCACCGAGGCGCAGGUGAGCGCGCGCGGCCGGUACCUGCCGUACUGUCGCCGCCAGACGUCCUGCCCCCCACUUCCCCUGCCCUGCAGCUCACCGAGGCGCAGACGUCCUGCCCCCCACUUCCCCUGCCCUGCAGCUCACCGAGGCGCAGGUGAGCGCGCGCGGCCGGUACCUGCCGUACUGUCGCCGCCAGACGUCCUGCCCCCCACUUCCCCUGUCCUGCAGCUCACCGAGGCGCAGGUGAAGGUGUGGUUCCAGAACCGCCGCAUCAAGUGGCGCAAGCAGCACCUGGAGAUGCAGCAGCAGCGGCUCGCGGCGCUCAAACACCAGCAGCUGCAGCUGCACGGGCGGCAGCUGGACGCGGACGACAGCGAGCCGGACAGCAACAGCGGCGACGAGGCCUCGUACCCGGCGCCUCCACCAAACGCCGCGCCCGCGGACUCAUAG